AUGAACUGGACAGACGCGCAACGAGUCCAACGUUUCGGCAUGCAACUGACACCAGGAGAAGCAGCAGAGGAGUGGUACCAAAGCCUGACGUCUAAGCAGCUCAGCUCCUUCGCAGACCUCAAAUUGGUGUUCUUCAAAUGCUGGCCUCAUCCCAAAUGCCCUAAGCUAACCAGAGCACAACAGAAGGAGCGCAUCAUGGCGCAAGUUUUGAAGGAGGAAGAAGUAGGAGAAUGGACGCAAGUAGGACGGACGGGCAACUAUGCGCACGUAAUCUGGGCAAUCAACGUCUCGAAACUAGCGUUAGGAAUGGGUGAUGUUAACGGCGCUAUGAUCGAAUACACCUUAGAAGGCAUCCCGAACGUACUGAAAGACCACUUAGAAUGCGCAUACACUACCUGGGAAGAAUUCGUUGAAGACAUUCAGAAGGUUCCGAAUGUGAAGCUCAAACGUAGCAGAGAGGACCUUGAGAAGAAUCGAGCCCGAGACGCGGAGAUAGCCAAACUCAAAGCCCAGAACUCUCCCUCCCCACUACUUCUAUCGCAACAAUUUGCACAGAUGUCAAUACCCGCGCAACAAACAGUACCCACAUCAUAUUGUUCGACACCACGGAUGUUCAAUCCCAACAUGUCAACGUCGACAUUCCCCCCAGUAACCACGCAACCAAUGUUCAAUGUAGGACCAUUCAUGACGCCACGUAAUGGACCUCCGGUGUACAACGGAACCAGAGGAGCAUUCCCUCCACGUACACCACUUACAAGGGCACAGAUACUGGAAAGAACAGCGUUGGUACCGCAGAGACCCAAUACUGAAGCAGGAAUGCGCCAAUACGAAGGCGAUGUAGACUUAUGGCACCACACAUAUGGUACAGAUGGGAUGACAACCUUAGACCGCCCAUACCCUCUAAGACCAGGAACCGCGCUAGUGGGUUCAGGAGAAUGCUAUAACUGUGGGAUGGUUACGGAGCCGACCCACCUAAGCUCACAAUGCACGACGUCAAGUCCAUUACGUCCACAUGAGACUAAAUGGCGUCAACAAGUUGCAGGAAUGUUACGAUUAACCCCACAGGUAUCAUGUCCGCAUUUCGAUUCAUCUCACGUACUACAUUUGAACUCUCAUAUUUCUCCCAUAUCUCAAGCAGAAGCACAAGAAGCCCUUAGUACUGUACAUACUAUGGACACACUCGCUAUCUCUACCGAUUCACUCUCUCCUAUCUCUAAAGCUGACACGCAACCAGUCAGCACCUUUUCACUUUCAGAUUCCUUCUUCUCUUCAAAUACGGACGCAGAGACACCAGCAGAUGAGCUGCAGUCGAUUACGAUACCUCAACUACACAGACCACAAGGGGAGAAAGUACGAAUCCUAGCCAUCGUUGACAAUGGUGCUAUGAUCAACGCCAUGGACACAGCGGCACAUCAGAGGAUCGCACAAAGAUUAACACCACUAAGUCCAUCUUCCAGAACGCUUUGUAUGGCUGACGGUUCUCUAGUACCAUCGACAGGCAUAUGGACAGGGACUGUCUCAUGGGGACCCAUCAACGUACAUACAUCCUUCGAAGUCUUCCCCAGCGGAGGAUCCUGGCGUAUGCUAAUUGGAAAACCAUUGUUAGAGCAAGUCCAUGCAAUUCAAGACUAUGGCAAUGAUGCCAUAAUGCUC